UCGGAGCCGCCGGGAACUGAGGGAGCAGGGCCGCCCCUCCGCCUCUCCAGCUCAGUGCUCGCAGGCCGCCAGGCCCCCUUCCAGCCGGGGCCGUGGAGCACCGGGGCAAAGGCCGGGGUCCCCCCAUGAAGGAGCGCGACGCGGUCCCGGCCGAGCGGGGCAAGCCGGCCACCUACACCGGGGACAAGAAGGCGAAGAUGGCGGCCAAGACCAACAAGAAGUGGGUCCGGCUCGCCACCGUGUUCGCCUACGUGCUCUCCGUGUCGCUGGCCGCCAUCGUGCUCGCCGUCUACUACAGCCUCAUCUGGCAGCCGGUGGGCGCCGGGACCUCGGGAGGAGUCGCCGGCCCGCCUCCCGGAGGUUCCAACGCCACCGGCCCGUCGGGGACUUCGGGGGCGGCGGCGGUGGGGCCCAACACCACCAGGUCGUCCCGCCGGGAGGCGCCGCGCGACGCGCCCCCGCUGCAGGCGGCGCGGCCGGCGCCCGCGGAGCCCCCGGCGGACAGUCCCCUGGCCGGGCCGCUCGAGCGGCCUCAGGGGCCGGACGAGGACGACGAGGAAACGGUGGCGGCGGCGGCGCCCCGGAGCCGUUGAACCUCUCCGCGCUGAGUGCGCCCGGGAACCAUCCUUCCCAAGCCCGGAGGUUGGACUUGGCGACAGGACGGGGGCUCCCGGGCCCGCAGGAUUGACCCCGACCGCGAGCGUACGCUCCCCCC